AUGGAAGACGAUGAAGAUGAUUUUUUUGCUUAUCAAACAGCCAAAUCAUUAAAUAAUAAACGAACACAGUUGAAGCAAUUUUUUCAAGCUCCAGUUACUUCUAGACAAUCAUCGAGUUCCAGUAAUACAGAUUCUGACAGUGAGCAUGAUUUAAUUUCAACAAAAAAAAACAAAUCAACAUUUGUGACUAUUCCUAUACAAUCGAUUCUUAUUCAAACUGAAACAAUUGAAAAAAAAGAUUUAAUUAAGAAUGAAAUUGAUGCCAUCGUUACAUCAUGUUUUACAUCGAAAAAUAAAGAGGUUAAACGAAAAAUUAAAUUAGGAAAACGAACUCUAGCAGAUGAUCAAGAAUAUGAAGAUGAAGAUGAGUAUCUAAUGGAUGUUGCACAGCAAAAUAAAAAUGUACCUAUAAGCAGAGCAAAAAUGAAUUCAUUAAAUAAAAGUAAAUUAGACGACGAUGAUGAAAAAGUUACACGUGAAACUGCUGCUUAUACUCGAUUGGAUGCUGUAUUACGUGUUACCAAGCCCUUAUGUGAAAAACAAAUUCAAUCAGUCGACGAUGAUGAUUACGAAGACUAUGAACCAAUAAAGAUAACAACAUCAAGCAGUACCGAUACUAUCGAGCCAGUGAGUCCGGUAAAAUCAUCUUUAUUAAAAACGAUAACAUUAAUAAUUGACCAUUCUGACGGAAGACAAUUAAAUCUAUCAGUACCAUCAUCAAUAACAUUGAAGAGUCUUUCGGAGGAUGUAGCUGAACGCUUAUCUUUACCAUCAAUUUAUCUUGUAUAUAACAAUCAAACAUUAAAAUUAGAUGACAAUAAUCAAUCCAUGACAUUGCAACAAUUAAAUUUUUCAUCGAAUGAUACUCAACUAGAAUCUUAUCCAUUAGUACGAAAAAUGAAUAUAUUUAUUCAAACAUCUGCAACUUCAGCUCGUCGUUCAUCGCUCGUAUCCAAACGUGAAUAUACAAUACUGGAUACUGAUCGCUUUGAAAUAAUAUUUGAUGCAUAUAAGCGGGAUAUGAAAACAAAUAAUAUUCGAUUUGAAUUCGAUGGUGACACACUUCAUCCUCAUGCAACACCCGUUGACUAUGAUAUAACUGGUGGAGAAAUUCUUGACGCAUUUAUUUUACCAACAUCGAAUAAUAAUAAUAAUAAUAAACAAAAGAAUGAAUUGAAAGCAAAGAAAACAAAAGAAAUUAUUUUCGAUAACGAUUCAGAUGAUUGA